AUGAAGCAAAGACAGAGCCACGACCUAGAAAGUCUAGGAGCUGGGAAAGUGGACACCAUUGGCACAACUCAGAAGACAAAUGUCUGUCAUACAACUAAAGAAAGCACAGGAAACCUCAUCAACAUAGGAGUUCUCCUCAAGCUCGGCCGAGAUGGGCCUUUUGGGGCCGGACAAGAAGGGGCUGGGUUGAGGGUGAUCCGAGCCUUUCCAACAACUACCCCGUGCAGUCUUCGUCUCUUCAGUUUCUCUACCUUCCUGGCUCGCGCCCUUCCAGGAGUCUCUCCCACCGGAGCCUGCGAGGAGAGGCUCAGUGUUCCUGAAAGUACACCUUUCACAGCAGUCUUAAAGUUUGCAGCAGAAGAAGUUGCUGCUACAUGGAUGUGA